GAUUAAGAUAGCGAGGUCGCAAAAAGAGAUAUGUAGUAGGUAGAUUCGCGCUUCGAGGCCAUAUUCCGUAUACAAGUCCAUCAUUUGGUACUUCUUUGCUCUUCACACAUCGCAUACAAAACAUCAUCACAUAACACACAGCCAGCCACUUCACUCAAUGGCACCACACACUCUCACCCUAGACGACUCGCUUACACUCUUAAGACGUUCAGAGUACUGCGAAACAGCCUACGACUCUUCCUGCACAACGCACCGCACCAUCAUCCUCGUCAUCAUCAUUUUCGUCGGUGCCUUUGUCGGCGUCGUACUCAGCUUGGUGUACGUGCGAAGUCGCAGUCGCAGAUACGCUCGAGAACGCGCUGUGCGCGCCAAUGGUGGGCUGGGAAAUGGGCUCAAAGUGCUCGGAACUGAAGAUGGCGUAGCGACAGUGAGAUUACCGUCUGGAAGGAUGAUCAGGGGGAAGACGGGGGGUUGGGAUGAGAGAGGCGCAUUCGAGGCGCCACCACCACCACCAUAUAUGCCGAGAGUACCUGAGGUUGCUAGAGUAUACCGUUGAGAGAAGUGAGCCAGUGUCCACAAGAGAGGAUGUUCGCCGUUGUCGAGGAGCUGGCAACAAGGACGCUGUGUGCUCUCAUCGAGUUCGUCGACUCAUUACAGCGCCACUUCCCAGAGGCAAAGUGAGAAUGCAUCCACGGCCAAGAACAACUAUAGAACUCCGCAACAAGCCCGUGGCCCCUAUACUUCCACGAU